GGGUCGACCGACCGCCGUCCAGUCGUCAUUCCAGCUCGCCACGGCGCCGCCGACACACGUGCCACCCCAGCCGCUCAGCUCCCGAGACAGGCAGCAUGGCGAAGUGCGACCACUCGGAGGCCGUGCAGCCGGUGCCGGAGAGCGGCGUCAACGUCUCAGCCAGCUGCGAGGACUGCGGCAACAAGGACGAAAACUGGGUCUGCCUUCACUGCUACAAGACGCUUUGUGGCCGGUUCGCCAAGGAGCACAUGCUGCAGCACAGUUCGGCGGCCGGCCACCAGGUGGUGCUGAGCGCGGCCGACCUCUCCACAUGGUGCUACGGCUGUGACUCCUACGUCGACAACGACAAGACCCAGGCGGCCAAGGACAGCGCGCACGCCAGCAAGUUCGGCAACUGAGCGGCCAGAGAGGUGCCUGGUGACCCGCCGCCGUCCGCGGUCCGCCCCCGCCCGCGGCGGGAGGGCGGACCGCCCCCGCCCCCGCCCACAGCGGCGGGAGGGCGGACCGCCCCCGCCCCCGCCCACAGCGGCGGGAGGGCGGACCGCCCCGCCGACCGGCCGGCCCGCCCCGCCGGCAGCACAGAGAGAACCGGCCGACAGAGUCGAUGCUUCGUGCACUGGUGUGAACGACGAAAACAUGAACCGUGAUAACAGAGAAUACAUAUAACAGAGAAUA